ACCCAAAUUUAUUCUGGAAAUCCGUAUGAGAUCCAAAAACCCACACCUAUACCCACACACAGUGAACACACACAAAUAUAGGUCUUCUCUGUCAUUUCUUCCCCAAAACAAGAACCCAGAUGAAAAACCCCAAAAUCUAAACACACCCCACUUCAUUAUUCUCUCCAAGAUCCAACCUUUCUUGAUCUUUUUCAAAUUUCAUCAAAAUUUUCACUAUGGUGUCCAAAUCAGACACCCCAAACGGUGUCGUAAAGCCAGAUCUAACACCACCCACAACCAUACUCUCAUCAAUUUUGUCACUCAAAACUCUCAAGCUCAAAACAAAGCAGAAAGAGCUGUUGAUUCGGGUAUCAAUCCUCUGUCUUGUGUACAUUUUAGCUUUUAUUACAAGAUUGUUCAGUGUGCUUCGUUACGAAUCUAUGAUCCAUGAAUUUGAUCCUUAUUUUAAUUAUAGAACUACUCUUUAUUUGACUGAGAAAGGGUUUUAUGAGUUUUGGAAUUGGUUUGAUUCUGAGAGCUGGUACCCACUUGGUAGGAUCAUUGGUGGGACCCUCUACCCUGGCCUUAUGGUUACCGCUGCUUUAAUUUAUUGGGGUUUGAGGUUCUUGAGUUUUGCUGUUCACAUUCGUGAGGUUUGUGUGCUGACUGCCCCGUUUUUCGCCUCCAAUACGACGUUGGUUGCUUACUUUUUUGGUAAGGAGUUGUGGGAUUCUGGAGCUGGGUUGGUGGCUGCGGCCUUGAUUGCAAUUUGCCCGGGGUACAUUUCGAGGUCUGUGGCAGGUUCUUAUGAUAAUGAGGCUGUGGCUAUAUUUGCAUUGUUGACUACAUUCUUUUUGUUUGUUAAGGCUGUGAAAUUGGGGUCACUUGCAUGGGGUUUGGCUUCAGCGUUUGGGUAUUUUUACAUGGUUUCAGCUUGGGGUGGAUAUGUGUUUAUUAUUAAUUUGAUUCCGCUAUAUGUGUUGGUAUUGUUGAUUACUGGGAGAUAUUCGAUGAGAUUGUAUGUUGCAUAUAAUAGUAUGUAUAUUUUGGGGAUGCUGCUGGCAAUGCAGAUUCGGUUUGUCGGGUUUCAGCAUGUGCAGUCAGGGGAACAUAUGGCUGCAAUGGGGGUGUUUUUCUUGAUGCAGGUCUUUUACUUCUUAGAUUGGGUCAAGCAUCAACUUAAUGAUACAAAGCUGUUUCAAGCCUUUUUGAGGAUAACUGUAACAUGCGCAGUGGGCGUAGGUGCUGUUGCUUUGGGAGUUGGCACUGCAUCUGGGUACAUCUCCCCUUGGACAGGUCGAUUUUACUCCCUGCUGGAUCCAACUUAUGCUAAAGAUCAUAUACCCAUAAUUGCCUCUGUAUCUGAGCAUCAACCAACGGCUUGGUCAUCAUUCAUGUUUGAUUAUCAUAUCCUGCUUUUCCUUUUCCCGGCGGGGCUCUAUUUCUGCUUCAAGCGGUUGUCAGAUGCCACCAUAUUUAUUGUGAUGUAUGGUCUUACAAGCAUGUAUUUUGCCGGAGUCAUGGUUCGGUUGAUUCUAGUUGCUACACCUGCAGUAUGCCUUAUUAGUGCUAUUGCAGUCUCAGCCACAAUUAAAAAUUUAACUCAGCUGUUAAGGGCGAAGAACAAAGUUGCAGUCUCUGCUUCUGGUAAAAGUUCAAGUGGCACAAAGGGUUCUUCUAAGGGUUUGGGCGAUCAAUCUCUUCCUUUCCAGAAGAAUGGGUCUAUAGCAUUGCUUGUGGGUGUCUUUUACUUGCUUAGUAGAUAUGCUAUACAUUGUACUUGGGUCACAUCAGAAGCAUAUUCAUCUCCGUCCAUUGUCUUGGCUGCAAGGGGUCACAAUGGCCAAAGGGUCAUUUUUGAUGAUUAUCGUGAAGCGUACUUUUGGCUUAGGCAGAAUACACCUCAGGAUGCCAAGAUUAUGUCCUGGUGGGAUUAUGGAUAUCAAAUCACUGCUAUGGGAAACAGAACUGUGAUUGUGGAUAAUAACACCUGGAACAAUACCCACAUAGCUACAGUUGGACGUGCAAUGUCUUCGUAUGAAGAUGAAGCAUAUGAGAUAAUGAGAUCGCUGGAUGUUGAUUAUGUGUUGGUUGUUUUUGGAGGUGUUACUGGUUAUUCCUCUGAUGAUAUCAACAAAUUUUUGUGGAUGGUGAGAAUUGGAGGUGGUGUCUUCCCUGUCAUCAAGGAACCUGAUUAUCUUGUUAAUGGAGAGUAUCGAGUUGACAAAGGUGCAGCUCCAAAGAUGCUGAAUUGUCUCAUGUACAAACUUUGCUACUAUCGGUUUGGAGAGUUGACAACUGAAUAUGGCAAACCUACUGGGUAUGAUAGAGCCAGAGGAGUUGAAAUUGGAAAUAAAGAUAUAAAACUUGAGCACUUAGAAGAGGCAUUCACGACAUCUAACUGGAUAGUAAGAAUUUACAAAGUUAAACCACCGAACAAUAGGUGGUAAUAAAUAGCUUUUUCUCUGUAUGUGCGGGAUAGGAAAGGAACUUCAGGUAUAUUAUGAGUAUCUAGUAUUUUAAGAUAGGGAGAGAACUGCCUUUGCUAAGUUUCAAUACGUAACAUCCGUGGGGUCUCUUGAUUUCUUCUUCCAGAUUGAUGAUAGUGCCCCUUUGCUUUGUCAUAUUAUGUUACUCGUUUUUCCCAGAAUGUUACAGCAAAGUAGUUGCAUUAGUUUCUUGCGUGUUCUUAACAUUUUUAAUUUACAAUAUUGAGAAGAUUUCCGACUUCA